GAAUGAAAAACUCAGUUCAUCGUGUGACGUUCGUAAACUCGAAAGAUUGUCGCAAAUGAACUAAUCCUAAUGUAAGCGCAGCAUCAACUUGUGCUAUCAUGAGGCGGCGUUCAAGCGGCAGGAGGAGGAAGUUGGAGGAUGAUCCGGGGCAGCCCGCCGGCCCUUCGACGACGAGCCUCCCUCACAGAUGACCUCAUGCUGGGAAGGAGGAGUCCAACCUCGGCAGUUUUACCUUAGUGUUGGAUCAAGUGGGAGCAGAGUUUUUGUGUGUGGAGUUAUUCUCAAGUACAAGGGGACGGUUAUUUUCUUUUUCUUUUUUCUUUAUGAGGGUCUACAGCCGUGACAUUUAUCGGGUCCCAACACGGAAGAUUCCAGGAGUGUUGCCAUGUUCAAGGCGGUGCUGAAAAAGAACAGAGACGGAGGCAAAGCCAGCAGGAAGGAUUCAGGAGAUGUUCAGAGCCACAAUGGCCAAAGAAGAUUCCCACCUGAAGGAAACCUCGUGCCCCCAGGCCUCGGCAGCGCCCACCCUAACGUUCCAGAUGAUCUUUUCAGACUAAGCCUCGCCAAGGGAGCGUCCAUGUCUCUGCCCUCCUCGCCUCUUCUUCCACGACAAUCCUACAUGUUGCCUUUACGUCCCAGCAAAAGAUCUCCAGGUCCAGUCAGGAAGCCCAAGUAUGUGGAGAGUCCUCGCGUACCUUCCGAUGCCAUUGUUUCAGCGCUAAGGAAAGCGGGCGACAACAAGGAGUCAACCCGCAAUGAGCGGCAAGUGGAGAAACAGCCAAGUUCCUCCUCCUCCCCCGCCACCCAGGAGCUGAUGACAAGGCUGGGCUUCUUACUGGGAGAAGGCAUCCCCGGUUCGGCGCGCAUACCUAUGGAUGACAAGAAUGAAAAGAAGUGUCCUGUGCCAAACCAGGGUAUCAGCCCCUGCUCCACACUGACCAGCAGCACCGCGUCACCGUGCACCGACAGCCCGUGUUCCACACUCAACAGCACGGCCAGCCGGCCCCCGCUCAGCCGCGCCAGCCCGUGCGGGACCAUCACCAGCCCGAGCUCCACGCUGGAGAGUAAGGACAGCGGAAUCAUAGCCACCAUCACCAGUUCCUCGGAGAAUGACGACCGUAGCGGCUCCAGCCUGGAGUGGAGCAAGGAUGGCAGCCUGAGAGGCAGCGCUCGCCAUGGCUUGGCGCAGACGAUGCGGGCUGACACCUGCUCUCCCGUGGAGGAGGAAGAUUGCAGCGGCGCUCCGGCCUCGCCGGCCGACAACGCGGCCAGGACGGAGCAGCAGCACGGCGGCCUGUCAGCGGCGGCCGCAGUCGGACCUCCGCAACCUUUGUGCCAUGCGUCUGAGGGACCAAAUCAAUACACUCAACAAACAUCCUCUCUUCUGAUGAUGCCCAGGCCCAACUCUGUAGCAGCAACCAGCUCCACAAAGCUGGAGGACCUGAGCUAUCUCGAUGAACAGCGCAAUACGCCGCUGCGGACAUCCAUUCGCCUCCCCUGGCACAAUACCGGCGGGAGGCCACCUCAGGACUCGAAAGGUCGUUUCUCUCCCUAUAAACCGGUGGACAUCAUGCUGAAGCCCCUGUUGUUCGAAGUGCCCAGCAUCACCAUGGAUUCCGUGUUCGUGGGCCGAGAUUGGCUCUUCCAGAAGCUGGAAGACGUCUUGAAGGACGACGAAUCCGCCCAGAGCCACGGCGCCGUGAUCGUGGGCAGCGUGGGCUACGGGAAGACGGCCAUCAUCUCCCGGCUGGUGGCGCUGAGCUGCCAUGGCGGACGCAUGCGACAGAUUGCAUCCAACAGUCCGGGCGCCUCCCCUAAAAGUGGUGCCGGGUCAAGCUCGGAACUUCCUCUCAGCCAGCCCCCGCAGCCCACUCCCCCCUCGAGUGCGGCGAAUACAUUGAGGACCAAUAGCUGUCCGGGAACGCCUGAAAUGCAGCGCCGCAGGGAGGAGGCUGUCAAACGGCUGGCUGCUAAGGUGGUGGCCUACCAUUACUGCCAAGCAGACAACACAUACACCUGUCUGGUCCCGGAGUUUGUGCACAGCAUCGCCGCCCUGCUGUGCCGAGCACACCAGCUGAAUUCAUACCGGGAACUCUUGCUGAAAGAACCCCACCUCCAGAGCAUGCUAAGUCUGCGCUCCUGCGUCCAGGACCCCACCGCCGCUUUCCGAAGGGGCGUCCUUGAGCCUCUGGCCAACCUUCGUAAAGAACGGAAGAUUCCAGAGGAGAAUUUCAUCAUUUUGAUCGACGGACUGAAUGAAGCUGAAUUCCACAAGCCUGACUACGGAGACACCAUUGCCUCCUUCAUUACAAAGAUUAUCACCAAGUUCCCUCCCUGGCUCAAACUGGUGGUCACCGUCCGUGUCAGCUUGCUGGAGAUCACCGGCCUUCUGCCUUUCUCCAAGAUCUCUCUGGACGACUUUUCGGACAAUAAAGAGAUAAGUAACGACCUCAACGCGUACAUCCAGUACCGCGUCAGUGGCAGCAAGGACAUCAUGAACAACAUCAGCCUGAACGGCAAAGCCGACCCGGUCGCGGUGGCGAAGCUAAGCAGCCACCUCAUCUCCCGCAGCCAGGGCUCCUACCUGUAUCUCAAACUCACCCUGGAUCUGUUCGAGAGGGGCCACCUGGUCAUCAAGAGCUCCAGCUACAAGGUGGUGCCCGUCUCGCUGGCCGAGCUCUACCAGCUGCAGUGCAACAUGAAGUUCAUGACCAAUUCGGCCUUUGAGCGCUCGCUGCCCAUCCUCAACCUGGCGCUGGCCUCGCUGCACCCAAUGACCGACGAGCAGCUGUUCCACGCCAUCAACGCCGGCGACGUCCAAGGGGAGCUGCCCUGGGAGGACUUCCAGCAACGUAUGGACUUACUGUCGGGUUUCCUCAUCAGACGCCGCGACAAGACGCGCAUGUUUUGCCACCCGUCCUUCAGGGAGUGGCUCGUGUGGCGGGCCGACGGCGAGAGCACCGACUUCCUCUGUGACCCGAGGACUGGUCACGCUCUCAUCGCAUUCAUGCUGUCCCGUCAAGAAGGGAAACUCAAUCGGCAACAGACCAUGGAAUUGGGACACCACAUUCUUAAGGCGCACAUCUUCAAGGGCCUGAGUAAGAGAACGGGCGUGUCAUCCAGCGUGCUGCAGGCUUUGUGGAUCAGCUGCAGCGCCGACGGCCUCUCCGCAGCGUUGGCCUCUCUGAGGAACCUCUACACUCCCAAUGUGAAGGUGAGCCGUCUGCUCAUGCUGGGAGGAGCCAACGUCAAUUACCGCACGGAAGUGCUGAACAACGCGCCCGUCAUCUGCGUCCAGUGCCACCUCGGCCAUCUGGAAAUCGCCUCCUUGCUGCUGGAGUUCGGCGCCAGCGUGGAGGUGGUGUCGGAAAAUGGAAUGAACCCACUGUGCUACUCGGCGGCCGCGGGUCACCUAAGUCUCGUCAUGAUGCUCUGCAAGCGGGGCGCCAAGGUCGACCAUACAGAUAAGAGCGGCCAGUGCGCUCUUGUGCACGCCGCUCUCCGGGGGCACCCAGAUAUUAUCCAGUACCUGCUGGAGAUGGAAUGGAGCGCCGAGGGGCAGCAGCAGGAUUGCACUUUGAAGAGCAGAGCCCUGCAACAGGCUUUGAUAGGAGCGGCCAGCAUGGGACAUACACAGGUUGUGAGCAGCUUGCUGGCAGUGAAUAAUGAGUACGCCGUGCAAAUUGAUAGCCACGACACUCUGUGGGGAGAGACAGCGUUGACGGCAGCCGCCGGCCGAGGCAAGAUGGAGGUGUGCGGCUUUCUGCUCGAGCAGGGGGUGACGGUGCAGCAGGUCAACCGGCGGGGGGUGUCUCCGCUAUUCUGCGCCGUCAGACAGGGGCACUGGCAGAUUGCGGAGCUGCUGCUGCAGCACGGCGCCGACAUUAACGUCAGCGACAAGCAGGGCAGAACGUUACUGAUGGUGGCGGCCUGUGAGGGUCACCUGAGCACCGUUGACUUUCUGCUCUCUAAAGGUGCGUCUCUGACCUCCAUGGACAAGGAGGGUCUGACGGGCCUCAGCUGGGCGUGUUUAAAAGGACAUAAGAACGUCGUGCAGCUUUUGGUGGAGAAAGGCUCCGUGAUUGACCACACCGAUAAAAACGGACGAACUCCCCUGGACUUGGCCGCCUUUUUCGGAGAUGCGGAAAUCGUCCAGUAUUUGGUGGAAAGAGGAGCGGUGGUGGAGCAUGUGGACUACAGUGGCAUGCGGCCUCUGGACCGAGCCAUCGGAUGUCGGAACACGUCUGUGGUGGUCACGCUGCUGAAGAAAGGGGCCAAGCUGGGUCACAGAACGUCUCCUUACGAUCGAUCAGGCAACGCCGCUUGGGCCAUGGCCACCUCCAAGCCUGACAUCCUCAUCAUCCUGCUUCAGAAGCUCAUGGAGGAGGGGAACCUGCUUUACAAGAAAGGCAAGAUGAAGGAGGCGGCUCAGCGGUACCAGUACGCUUUGAGGAAGUUUCCCAGGGAGGGCUUUGGAGACGACCUGAAGGCCUUCAAAGACCUGAGGGUCUCCCUCUACCUCAACCUCUCCCGCUGCCGCAGAAAAACAAACGACUUUGGGAUGGCUGAGGAGUUUGCGACAAAAGCACUGGAGCUGAAACCAAAAUCCUAUGAAGCUUAUUAUGCCCGCGCACGAGCUAAAAGGAGCAGCAGACAGUUUGCUGCCGCCCUGGCUGACCUGCACGACGCCGCCAAGUUGUGUCCCAACAACCGCGAGAUCCGUCGCUUGCUGGCCCGGGUGGAGGACGAGUGUAAGCAGAUGCAGCGGGCGCAGACCUCCAAAGGUGGUGGCCCGGAGGGAGCGGUCGGUGGCAUCAGCGGCACCCCGCAGGCGGCGGGCGGCCACGAUUCGGACCGGGAGCGCGAUGACACCCGGGAGGAGUCAUCGGAGUGGAGCCAAAGACGCGGCGGCGAGGAGGAAGAAGACGAGGAAGACGAGCGCAUGCGGUGCCGGUCGCUGGGGACCAACGCCGGUCAUCACCCGGGCAGGCUUCCUCCUCAGCGCUACCCUCGGGACCACCCACAAGGUUUGCUUUUGCAGCCCACCAAGCAGGCCCAAAUCGUCAAGACCAGCUCUCACGGAGCCAAAGCCCAGUUCGCUCCCUCCAGCCCCUUACCGAGCCGACACAUGUCCAGCGUGCUGAAGCCCGGCCCGGGGAUCGACAUCGGGCCGCUCGCCGCGCCCGCCGACGAGCCGCUCUACGGGAACCGCGUGACUCUGACGGUCAUGACCCACGCUGGCGAGACGGCGUCCUUUUCCUCCAAAGCCGCCUCGACGCACUUGGACGCCGAGCCCGUCGGGAACAUGCGCGUGUCCAGCUCCACCAGCAGCCUGGCGUCCAGCGGCAGCCAGUCGGACAGCGGCAAGAUGGGCCCGGACGUCAAGUCCAAACACGGCCAGCCAGGCGGCGAGUACAAACCCAGGCCCUUCAUGGGCGUCACCGACAAGACGGCGCGCUUCCUGCAGCAGAACCCGCAGCCGGCCGCCCGCGCCUGGAUCAACCACUCCGUUGAGGACGACGACAACGACGGUUUCGGGAAGAUGGCCACCGGCGCUUACCGCGACCAGCACAGGCCGCCGCCGCCGCCGUUACACAACGGGGGGCCGCACGCCGCGCAGUACUCUGACAAGUUCAUCUGCUACAAAGAUGCCAAGUCCCUGGCCAACCCGGGCCAAGCCCUGCACAUCACGUCCAUCAAACCAAAGCGAUCGUUUAUCGAGUCCAACGUGUAGUCCCGGGAGAGCCGUGCCAAAUGUCCCCGCCCGUCCGCCACACCUUCUGUUACGAGAUGGACGCUUUGCACUGAUGGAAGGGAUGAGAGUCAAGUGGACAUUCCUGUGUUUCGACAAGCUUUCGCCUCUUGCUUUGUGCGCGCGACUCACAAAAAAGUUUGCGCUGUUGGACUUUAGGGUGAACUGCUUGAACGGAGAGUGUGUGGGUGGGUGGGCGCUAUGGAAUUUGCUUUCAAGAGUUGAAAGAAGACCAAAAGGUUGGACCAGACCCCGCCCAAUCUUCCCUCACUGCUCACCAUGCAUACCACCACCCGCAAUCUCCAUUCCAGCAGUUCUUCAUUCCGAGUCGGUCAAAUAAAAUUCGCCUGUAAAGGUCCUGAUGCAUUUUCACUUCAUCCUGAAAUUUCACCCCAAAGACCAAACAUACCCGCGACUUUUUCGUGAGCGGCGUGUUGAUUUUCAUCCCGACCGUUGUCAUCGGUAUGCACGGUGUUGUUCAAAUUGUGUUCAAUGUUCUCCGGAGAAAAAAGAGACACGCGCGUGCAUUUGUUAAAUACGUUUGUACAUGUUCUGAAUCAGCAUUAACAGAGUUUAAAGUCUUUUUCUCUACUUGCUUGUUGUUGCUGUCUAGAUUAAUUUAUUUACCAAUGGCUUCAGUGUAAGAGCAAUAUAUUUUAUAUCGUUAUUUUUGCACAGCUACCCAAGACAUUGAAAUGAAGUGCAUGCUCCAUUUGCGGUUUACACCAUCUCUCCUUCCGUUUCCACGUGGAUGUUCAAUGCCAUGUUUUUUCGUCAGUAUUGUGGUCGCAUACAGGAAUGGAGUUUUGCUGCCAUGGCAACCAUGGGAGAGAAAUAAAGACCCCCACCGAGGGAUGACAAACACGG